AGGAGAUGAUCAGUUUGAAGGUGUAACUAUAUCUGAAGUUAGAGCCACAAUUGCCCCAAGUUGUACUGCUGGACAAAUUAAUGUGGGAUUUCUUACCCCAGAACACAGAGCAUUGCAGUGGAUUAUUAGUCGCGUUCUUGCUCAAAGAAAGGGUUCCAAAUCUUAUGUUCUUGCCAGUGAUCUUCCCUGGUUUGAUUAUCUUCUUAACAGAAAAAGGGUGAACCUAGGCAAAUACAUUUUCCGGAGCAUAAUCAAGCCUUACUCACCAACUUCGGGACUUCCUCAUGGUGCUUUAAUUACAAGAUUGGUAAAGAGGAACAAUAUUGAUCUUACCUCCUUUCGGUUUGGAACGGUUCCCAGUGGGACUACACUUACCAAAGCUUCUUUUGAGAAAAUGGACUGUUUAUUUAGAAAUGGCACUUGGAUAAAAAAAGGGGAACAAGAAGGGGAUGAAGAAGAAGGUGAUACAGAUCAAGAAAUGGCAGAACAAGGGGCAGAAGAUCAUGAAGAUGACAGCCCAAGACCAUUUCGAGCUUCCAUGCAAAGAACCAACCGUGAAACCAUGGAGUCAAUGAUAUCUGAAAUGCAGCAGCUACACACCGACUUUUAUGGUUUCCGGACAGAAAUGAGAGGGAGCAUGACUGACGUGAAAGGACAGCUUGAACGGCUUGUUAACCAUUUUUUUCCUCCACCCCCACCUGAUGCCAACUAACUUGAUAUUUCUUUAGUUUGGCUAAUCUUUAGGAUGGACAUCUUAGGAUUAUGCAUGUUAUGCUCUUAUUUGACUAUGGAUAUGUCUUGAACCUUUUUAUGCAUUUUAUGUUUGAUGAAUGGAAAUGGCAUUACUUGUGUUAUCAUGCUUUGUGAAUGUUUGUUUAUGAUUUUGAUGUUAAUAUGCUCUUAUUGAGGGGGAGUUUAUUAGUUGAUGAUUGUGUUCAUCACUUUGGUUGUCUAUGAUGCUAUAUUGAUGAUGAUUGAUGAUUAUAUUCAUUAUAUAUUCUUGAUGCUUUAAAGGUUGAUAGCAUGAAUUAAGGGGGAGCAUUUUGUGCUUAAAUUGCUCUUCUUAAUGGUUAUCAUUGAUGUGCAUGAAUUAAGGGGGAGUUUGUUGAUUAUGUGUUUUUUGAUGAAUGACAAAAAGGGGGAGAAGUAUAUGCUGAAUUUAAUGUCAUAUUCUAGAGUAUCUUUGUGCUGAGAUUCUAGCUAAUAUUGAAGUAUAUAUUUGCUUUAUCUUUGUGUUGAAAUUCUGGAUAAUAUUGAAGUAUAUA